ACCGAGCAGACCAAAGCAAAUCGAGAAUCUUUGUCCAAUAAAUUUGCUGCCCCUCAACGGAGCAUGCCUGUGCAAGAUGAGUAGAUCCGUGAAACGGGAAGUAUCGGCCGAGGAAAACUGCCUGCAGAAUGCCUCCAAGACGGAUGAUGGGCAACUCGAGGCACGUUACGAGUGCCCUAUCUGCUACUGCUGGCUGAACGAACCAAUUCUGACGAAGUGUGGCCAUCGGUUCUGCCGGAAGUGCAUUACGGAUUGGUUAAACGAGAAAAAUUCCAACUGUCCGCUGGACAACGAACCACUCGAUAUCAAGUGCGACAUCUUUCCGGAUAACUGCACGCGGCGUGAAAUCUCACAGAUCAAAAAGCCCUGCCCGAACUGGAUGCGAGGCUGCGCGGAUCAACUGUCGCCCACCGAAAUCGAUUCACACCAGCUCCAGUGUCCGUUCGGUAUGUCAUCCCAAAGCCAACCGUGUCCGUUCGCUCGGGUGAAGUGCAAGUUCGUAGCCCGCGAUGAAGCCACGCUCAAUGAGCACAUUGCCGCCGAUUACCAGAAGCAUCUACAGCUUCUGCUGGACUCGUAUACUGGCAGCGGUGAACGGUACCGGUUCUGGGAUCCACCGGAGAAAAAUAGCGCUCCGGAAAUGAGUACCAACGAGCUGGUGCGUUCCAUGUACGAACGUAUCGUCAUACUGGAGCAGGAGCUGCACAUUCUCAGCAUCAAGCUAUCGAAGCAGGACACCCAGCUGGCCAAAGUACACCAUGAAGUGGAUCCGCGCUACAGUGCCGGUGUGUUGCUAUGGAAACUGGACGAUUUCAGCAGCAAGGUCGAUACGAUGCAGGCCAACAGUAACUGUAUGUUCUACAGCGGGGAGGCGUACACUUCACCCCACGGGUACAAGUUCUGCGCCCGCAUCAAUGUGCCGUCGCGCACGAAAGAGUUUAUUGGGCUGCAUGUGCAUCUGAUGCAGUCCGAGAACGAUUACCAUCUCGAAUGGCCAUUCAAGGGUAGAAUCAAGAUUACGCUGCUAAACGUGCGCAACCCGGAGCGCUCGCAGCACGAUACGAUCAUGUCGAAGCCCGAAAUUCUGGCCUUCCACCGACCGAACCAGGAGAUCAGUCCGCGUGGGUUCGGAUUUCUCGAGUUUGCCAAAAUCAAGGAGGUGCUGGCGAAGUUCAUGGACAACAAUAUGGUGGUGAUUAAGAUCGAGAUGAACAUUGUCUAAGGGCCGACAGGUGAUCCACCGGGGAUCACAAGAAGAUACCAUUCCACGAACUAUACCCAACAUUCCCAGCGUAUCCCAAGCGCCGAAGAGAUGAUAAGGCCGCGCUUCGCUCGGUUACCAUUCAUUUGUCUAGCGAAUAUUUAGAAUCUCCCGGGGGUGUACUCUUGUACUCCACUCCCUCUUAUCAUCGACAUUAAUCUCUUAGCAGCUUAGUAAUCUCCACUUUUUAGCGCGUGUCCGUCUCUGUCCGUGUUUGUGUAAAUGGAUCGUGUAUUUGGAUCGAGUCAGGUCAACAUUAGGAAACGAUAGGUACUACGUUUUAAGUUUUAGGGUAGCGUACGGUGUGCAGUCACAGUAUUAGGGCAAAAUGAAGGUUAGCUUCUCGUGUACUUAGUAUCGUGCCAAGCAGGGUUCCUGGACGGUAUUCUUAAGCUUUUAAUGGAUUAUAAUAUCCCUGAUGCAUACGUUUGAACUUUGCUGCCCACCAACUUUGCGCGUAUCGACCUGCGGUAUCUCUGCUCUCUUGUGCGACGAUAGACAAUGUAUGACGCUACAUGUUCCCCAGCCCAUCUUAAUUUUACUCAGCGCAGAGAAAGAUCGUUGGUAAACUUUUUGGAUGACAAUGACGAAUGACACUUUUGCACAGCGCGACUACUCGCGAGCCAGACCCCUGGGAACAGCAGUCGUAUGCUGAGGGUGCGGAUAUUGUACACUCGGAAGGGAGCUACCGCUAUUGCGAUCCAUAUUCCAUCGUCAUUUCCGAACGGAUAUCGGGACGGGUAUGGAUUGGACGAUGUCGAAACGCAGUCGGAAAUAACAGACCAUGGUUCUAAAAGCUUUUUUGUUAACAAUUUUAGAUGUUAUAUACAAGAGAAUACAGGAAUUUUCGAACGUGAUAGGUACGCAGUGAUGGUGAUGGGAACGCAGAAACAGAAAUGUGUAUUCUGUAUUAAAUAAUAAAUGAAAAAAAAUCAAUAAGAUAACGCACAAAGCCGAGUCGAGGUAGUCUGUUCAGUGGUAUAUGGAAAACAAAUAGGCAGCAAAUAGCCAGAAAUAAACAGAAGAUGUAAC